CUGUCAAUUCCUGACUUUCGAUCGUCCCGGUCCCCGGAUUCUUGCUCAACCGAGACGAAUCGGACGGAAACAAAAUGAACUGAAAAUAGUGAAAAUGUCGCACUUCACGCACUUGGACGACUUAGUCAGGGAGUAUCUCCUGUUCAGGGGCUUCACCAUAACUUUAAAGUCCUUCGAUGCAGAGCUUAAAGUCGACAAGGACAGGGGAUUCAGGGUAGACAAAAUUGUCGAUCAGUUUCUGCUUCUUAUAAACAAUUGCGAUUUAAAUUCUCUGAGAGCCCUUUGGUCACAUUUUGAUCAAAAAAUAUUCUCAAAGUUGGAUCAUGAAUUUACGCCAGGUUUGAGAAAAUUAGAAAUAUCGCUUCACAAGUACUACCUAGUCAAUGCAAUUUCGAGUAAAAAUCCUGACAAAGUGAACGAGUUUUUUACUAAAAUGACCCCAGAACUUCAAGGGCAGCCGGAGUGGAAGGAAUGGUUCAUGCUGCCUUAUAUUGAAAAACCCGAAGAACAUGGGGCGUUUGCCGUCCAUUUUACGAAACAGUGGCAAGACACAUUUCUCGUUUCACUCCACAACUUUCUAGCAAUUAUUUAUCAAGUCAUGCCACAGCCUGCGCUUUCUAGUUAUGAAGAGGAGGCAACGAAACUCCGUCGGCUCCAAGAGGAAAAUGAUGCACUCAAACACAAGUUGGCUACCCUGAGCCAGUGCGCGAACAUUGUACCGGAGGUCGUUCCGCCGAUGGACAUCAUGGACGAUUUUUAUAUCAUAGCACAAGAAAAUCCAGCUUCGAAUAAUGAAAACCAUCCGAAAUCUUUGAAAAAUUUGAUCCGUACAAUUGGUGGGGGGAUUCCGACUAGCCCGAUCAUGGGAAGGAAACCGCAACCACAAGAUGACCAAUUUGGAGUAAAAAAGCAUCACUCAAGCAAAAGGCAUGUCUCACAAGGUGGAUGGAUAAAACAAAGCAGCACUUCUGUGCCAAAAAGGUCUCUGUCGCUUGAUUCACGGCCGAGGAGAAGCAACAGAGACGUUUCUGUUGAAAAUGUCGACAAAAGAGGAAAUCGCAAAGACACGUUUUUACUUUUGAGCCAGGAAAAAAUGACGGAGCACAAAGCCGCUGUCACCCAGUGCAAAUUCAACGCCUUGGGAAAUAUGAUAGCCAGCUGCGACAGCGACGGGAUUAUUAAACUGUGGUCGGCGGAGUCUCAGAUUAAGGUACAUUCCACGUUAGAGUACAAAUCCGGCUUUACUUCUUUGAGCUGGUUGACAAAAAACGAAAGGUAUUUCGUCAGUGGCAGUCAGGAUGGCAUCCUAAGGCUUCACGACAGCAGGGAAAAUAAAACAAUUUGGGAAACAGGCAACGAAGACUCUAGUCCCCUUACAAAUACAAAAAUCUUAAGUCUUUGCUGUAGCCCCACGGAGUGCAGCGUUGCCUGUUCUGCUAUUAAUUUUAACAAAAUGACAGGCAAAUUACUGUUUUAUGAUAUAAAGACAAAGAAGGUUGAACAAUCAUUCACCCUUGGUAACGGAACAACCAGCUUGUCUGCGAAUUGCUGCCAGUUCAACCACAACGGCAGCCUUUUGAUAGUCGGCUGUUCGGACGGUUCGGUUCGGGCACUCGAUCUAAGGAACGGAGAGUGCGUCGAGUCUUGGGGAGCACAUGAAGGAUGCGUAAGCACAAUACACAUCACACCGGAUCACAAUUUCUGCUACACCCUUGGCGCCGACCACAAGCUUAACAAACACAAUUUGGCACACAAUGGUGAAGCGACUUUUAGAGUUACUCUUCCCAACUGUCAGACAUCACACGGAACCCAAGGCUUUACCCUACAUCAAAACGGAAAACUUGUUUUGACUGCAUGCGGCAAUAUUGGAGCUAACAUUUACCAGGUUACUGACAGUUGCCUUCAAGCGAUGUUAUCCCUCGAAGGGCAUAAAAGCCCUCUUACGACUUGUGACUGGUCAACAGCCAAUCAAUGUUCGACUUGCCUUUCAUCAUCUGCAGAUGGAAAAAUUAAUGUAUCCACAAUUUUAACACCAUGAUCGACUCUAUUUUGAGUCAAUUCUAUUAUUUUAUUAUACAGAAAACAAUAACAGGGCUAAAUAAAAUUUUUAUUAUAA